CCACCCGAUAACCACCAGAGCAGCGGAGCGGCUUGACGGGCAGUCGAGGUUGCAGCAGGCAGAGGGAGACGCUGGAAGGUAACGCAGGGAGGCAGCAUCAUGGCGGACAGAGACAGUGGCAGUGACCACGGAGGGCCCAUCGCAGGCCCCGGCUCGCUGCCCCCGGGCGCGAUGGGCGCCAUGUCUCGGCUGCAGCACGACACCGAGGAGCUCGCCUCCAAGCGUGUCGACAUCCAGAACAAACGCUUUUACCUUGAUGUGAAGCAGAAUGUUAAAGGCCGCUUCCUAAAGAUAGCCGAGGUCGGCGCUGGGGGAAACAAGAGCCGCCUCACGCUUUCCAUGUCCGUGGCCGUGGAGUUCCGCGACUAUCUCGGGGACUUUAUUGAACAUUACGCCCAGCUAGGCCCUACGAACCCGGACAUAGUGCAGGAUGAGCCUCGGCGGGCGCUGAAGAGCGAAUUCCUGGUGCGGGAGAAUCGGAAAUAUUACAUGGAUCUGAAAGAGAACCAGAGGGGGCGGUUCCUGAGGAUCCGACAGACCGUUAAUCGGGGCCCCGGAUUGGGAAGUGCGCAAGGCCAGACUAUAGCUCUGCCGGCUCAGGGUCUCAUCGAGUUCCGCGACGCUCUGGCCAAACUCAUCGACGACUACGGCGUGGACGAGGAGCCGGCGGAGCUCCCGGAGGGCACCUCGCUCACGGUCGACAACAAGCGCUUCUUUUUCGACGUGGGCUCCAACAAGUACGGCGUGUUCAUGCGGGUGAGCGAGGUGAAGCCCACGUACCGGAACUCCAUUACGGUCCCCUGCAAAGUGUGGUCCAAAUUCGGCAACACCUUCUGUAAAUACGCGGAGGAGAUGCGGAAGAUCCAGGAGCGGAGUAGAGAGAAGCGGGCCUCCGAACUGCUACCUGAGGGCCCGCACGGCGCAGAUGACGGCGACGAUGACUGACUGGGGAUCGUAGAGGAACCGAGGUGAACCAAGCAAGACGAAUCUGAAUUGUGUGAGAAAAAAAAGAACAAGACUUUUAACUGUAAAAUAGAACGAGAAUUUCCAAGGGAAUCACCCCACACACACAACCUCCACAGACAUGGCAGCACCUCUGCUGCCUCCUCGCUCAUUUUACUGGAUGUCACCCCACUUACCACCCAUGUAACAGUAAGCCGCUGCUAUCAAGGAUUGAACUGUAAGAUAUGAACUGUUUCCUACUUGAUUUAAACGACAAUGAACAGAGUGUUUAUUGUCUAUCUCUAUCAAUGACAGAUUUUGCACACAUCAAAGCUAUUUCGAAAAGUAAAUGUUUUCAAAAUGCAUAUAUGCUAAGAUUUAAUCAAAGUAAAACCAGAGGUCUAUUAAAUAAAUUGAUAGUCUUCAUGUUGAAUUAAUAUUUGACAUCAGCACAAAGAGAAUAUAAUGUAUUAUGGAUCUUUUGAAACCAAAAUCAGAAACAAGAAGAUGUAAAGUUUACUUAUAAAGGUACGCAGAAUAAAUAUAAAAGCACUCUUAAAGAAUAUGAAGCACUACAGGCUUGUGAACACCUGUGUAGGUUCAUGCUUUGUAAAGAAGUUGGAGUAGACUCUGAUUUGACCUAAAGCAUGGUCAGCUAAUGACAGUAUUUCUAUCAUGCAAGUCUGGAAAGGUGGAGACAGAAUUAAAUAGCCUACUUGGGGGGCCUCAAACAAAUGGGAUAAAUCUGACCGUCUAUUGAAUAUCAACUCUCUUGCACCAUGUCCAUGUAAACCUAAAGGAGAAAAGUGCUAACUUAGCUGUACUAAUUAUGAUUUUGUGAAUCAGCUGUAAAAAAAGAAAUCCUUAUUAAGAUACCCACGUUUUCAGUGGGUAACGUUUUAUUUGUUACUUUGUUGCUCUUUCUUCUGGAUGGGGGGGGGGAGGCGAAAAGGUCAAGGUCCAGUUGUGGGAGCGCAGAAAACAAAACAAAAACACAAGACGCGUCAGCGCAGCGUGCAGCGAGGCAACAGCAUCCUCUCUGACGUCAUUACGACCUGUGCCUUAUACACUGCACUCGUUUACGUGUUCUCACAUGGAUGGUCCGUGACCUCGACCGUUGUAUGUUCUUAUUUACGAGUGUUGUUAAUGUAGGCAGAGCUAUAUUAUACUCACCAAGGCUGCAGGUUGCACGCCCCCUACGGUCCGUGGAGCAUGCUUGGCACCAAAAGUCUGCUGAAAGGGAGCUAGGCAGCGACAGGUGUGGUGGUAGAUGGAAAGGGCUGGGCCAAUGAGAUUUUUUGAGGAGGGGGUUAUGCCAACAGGGAGCUCAGAACCCCCCUGCAGCACCCCUGCUGGUGUGGCCUAUCAGAAAAUAGAUAUAGGAGAAAGAGCCAGUGACUACAGUGAAGAAAUUCAAACAUGGGAUGACUUUGCAAACUAUAUGCACAAUGGUGUUGACAAAAAAAAGAUUAGGAGCUGCCGAAUGAGACCAGAUGUCGAAGCUGCGAGACUUGCCUCAUGCAGUGAGUGUGAGUGCAUCCCAGAGGAUGUGGAGGCCUAUCAGUGAAGGGCCCAGGCAGUAUCUAUAGUUUCAUGGUGCUACAGCCCCUUGAUGGCUCCUUGGGGGCCCUCGCCACUCAUAGUAUGUCACUUUUGCAUAAUUCUUUUUUCUGUCUUCAGAAUUUACGUCUCCACAUUACAUCGUUCAAAACAUCUUGGGUUUCUCCUUCCCAACAAGAGAAGAAGCCACUGACUGAUGUAGGACAUUUCAUAUUAGUGUGCAAUAUCGUGUAUGUGCCAAUUGUGGCAUUGCAUCAAGUGUACAGACUAUUAAAAGAGGAAAAACAUGUACAGGCUAUGUGAUUAUAAGAUAUUUGAAAGCAUGAAGAUAAGGUUGAUGCUUCUGCGUUAUAUUUCCCAAAUGUGAAGAUUGCUCAAAAUGACAAACCUUGUAGUAAGAUCUUUUUUCCUUUCACAUUCUGUAAACCAGUAGGCUGCCUUGUCUGUCUUUCAGUGCACAUACACUAGGUGUGUGGUUUUAUGUCCUCCUCAGUGAGAUCACCCUUCCUCACGCCUCUUCAAAUGCACACAACAGUCACACAACCACCUCUGUCUGUAUCAGCAUCAACCCCUCUACGGUGGUCUCCACUGGACUUUAAUAGCAUCUUGAAGCUGGGGUUCAGAGGUGCCUGACACACACGUCCAGCCUCCCCCUGCUGAGGCCUCCUGUUUGGGAGGUCUCUAAAGUAUUUUGAAUGGUGUCUAGAGCUACACAAGGCCUCUUGUUAUUAGGAGCCAGGAAACUGUGUGUUUGGAGUAUGAGCUCAUUGGGAACUGUCCAUUGCAGGACAGGUGAAGAACAAAUCAGUUUUGGCUUUUUAUUGGCUUUUUAUUUCGUGCAUUUUAGCCAGUUGAUAGUGAUCAGCUGCAGCAAAACCCAAAGCAUAGAGGGAUCGGUUACUUGUUGUUUCUACAGUGAGGAUCACAGAGUGUCCGUCUGACGAAGCUUUCAGAUGUGCUUCUCUUUCCCAGUCAGGGCAUAAAAGAGGUCCAGUCUCUUUGUCCGUGUGCACCAAUAGCUUGGACCAACUUAAUAUUUUAAAACUGCGCUCCAAAUGCUUAGAUCACGAUCAGGUUUAUGUAAAGCCAGUUGGCACACAGCAGCUAACACAACUGAUCCCAGUCACGUGGCUCCCGUGCAGACAUGAAGGGAAAACACAGGCUGUACAGGCCUGAAUGAAAGUGUUGGGAAAUCCGAGGCAUACCUUGGCUGCAGGACGAUGACAGGUCAUCUUCGAUCUUUAAUUUGAGAAGCAGACUUGUGUUUGAUUCAUCAUGCUUCUAGCAUCUAAGAAAAAUGUGUCUAAUAAUCCCGUCUGGUUCACGCAAAGACCUAUUUGUCUCAGAGAGUGAAAGGCCUGAUGAAGCCUGGCUCUGCUCUGCAGGGGGCUCACCAGCAUCAGGACUGUUUCUCUCUGAUGUGGAGAAGAACAGGAAAUCUUUUUCUCCUCUUGCAGAGAUACUUCCUCACACAGGUUUGUGAAUUUAAAAAAAGCCCAUAUCUAAUGAACACGACCGUGAACCUAUGACUAUGUGCCUAGCAAAGUACAACAUCUGAGGUCAGUCUGAGUUCAUCUUGAGCUCCACAUGAGUCAAGACACUGUUGUGAUACAGUCCUUAUCUUCCGAAGUACUUUCUCUUUAGCUUGAAUAAAUAAAGUCGUCCACAACGUUCAUGCUGCACAUAGCUAAACCACAACAGUUUUUCUUUUCCCCUUUUCUCUUAACAGCCAAAUAUGAGAUGCCGAACCUCCUCAGAGUUUAUGAACCCCUCACUUUCUGAAACUUGCACUUUUCUUCCCCAAAGACUAAAAUGUACAAUGUAAAGGCCAGUGCUACAGGGUCAGUUGUGUUUUUGGCACAAUGAUUCUGUUGUGAAAUGUGACUCGCCCUUUUUUUGGGUCGCAGCUCUGUCUCGGAUUACACGGAAAAAGGGGCGCACAUGGGAUUUUUGCUGAUCGAAUCUGGUUUCUUAUUUCACGGGAGAUCACGUGGUCUCAAAGCAAAAACCCAGAGUGACCUUGCAGCCAUGUUGUUACCCAGAUUAGAGCUUUUCUAGGAGGCAAAAUGGUAGGCUCGUGCUUUAGGUGCUGUUUUGUGUCAGUGGCCAGACUGUGCAUCGAAGUUCGGUGUGCACUGAAGCUGUUAGCCUUGAUGAGAAUUAUGGUUUGAUUUAUUAAACGGCAGGCAGCAUCACAGCAGCCCUCAAACAUGGUGUUUUCCGGCCUUUUGUGUUUAUCAACUGUAGCGUCUCUUUGUCAGAUGAGCUUUUUAUUUUCUUGCACAAAUGACAUGCAAUGCUUGUUAGGCAAAACAGGUACAGUGCGGGACUAGCCUCCUGCUGGCUAUUAGAUGUUAGCAUGUCACACGACAUGGUAACACUUAGGCAUGGGCCGGUUGAUGGUAUCAAGAUAUAGAAACGAUUAAAAAAGUUAAAGUGUCCAACCUGCAAGAAUUGUUCAACACAGUUUGAAAGCAAUGGUGAGUGUUGUUUUCCCUUGCUGCUUGGCACUUCCCCAGCCAAACCUUUUGCUGUGCACCUCCAGUCAGAUGGCUGAAAAAAGGCCAUAACAAAAAAGACCAACUCAUCUGUCUAGAAAAAAAGUCAUGCCAUGGAAUGCCACCAAUAAACCUUAUUAGAGUUAUUAUACAUUUGGCAAGAUUUACAUGGCUGACUGCAGGCUUGUCAUAUGCUCAAUGUUACUAGAUGAUGAGGGGAAAAAAAGGUCAAAUAUUCGGUGCUUUAAGAAAUAUAUAUUUUUUAGCAUACGUCUAUGUAUGACAAUAAGUAAUAUUAAGACAACACCAAUUGAUUUUUAAAUAAAAGCAAAACAAAUUAGCUCAUCUUAUGCAUUUUUGAUCAAAAUGUUGCAUCAAUACUGUGAUGUCAUGGUGUUUUUACCAAAAUGUAUCAUCUCUUACCGGCCCAUGCCUACUAACAACAAUCAAGUCCUGACUGAAACAAAAUUUCCAAUAAGGGGUUCCCCACAACCAUAUAUGCUUUGUUUUUCUUGGUGAACAAACAAAUAAACAAAAUCACAGCCAAUCGGAGCCUCUCGUCAAAGCCAAGCACUAUAUGACUCAUCAGAAACCACGGAGAGUAUGGUGGAGGGGGCGAGGGGUCAUACAGCAUGUCUUCAGUUUGCACACUCGCAAAACAGUAGGGUCCAUAAUGUUUGCAGCAUUUUUACAGGCUACUGUAUAGUUAUAGAGAUGCGUUUUGAUGCUGUUGGGAACAACAGACACCAUCGGGGAGGGGGGGUGGAGUCAAUGCACAAUUAACAUAUCCCAUGACAUCGUUUGAUCCCUUUACCCAUCCCCAUAUGAGAUAAUAUGUUGUAUCUUUCAAAAAUAUUUUAUCUGUGGCGUGUGUGAGCGUGUGUGCGUGUGAGCGUGUAUGUGUGUGUGUAUAUAAAUAUAUAUAUAUGGUUUGUUAUAUAUGAUGCUCCUUUCAGAAAAUAUAACAUGUAAACAGGAAAAACAUCUUGCUGUUUUUUUCCUUUGAUUUUUAUACUUACAGAAAGCAUUGAAUAAAAAUGGAUACUUGCACUUUAGAUAUAUUAAGAAAAAAAAAAUCUGCAUAUUAUUUUUGAUAGGGAUCUCACGUUUAAAGACUAUAAAUUACAGGCUUUGUGACUAUUGCUGGACAGAUGUAUUGAGUUCUACUUACUGAAGUAUAUUUUGUCUGUGUCAGAAGGUUUACUAAAGUAAAUUGCAUGAUAAAGUAGUGCUACACCGAUAUUGUUCUGAUUUUUCUUUAGUUGGUAAAAAAUGUCUGAAAACUGUGAUAACAACCCUCUUGUAUCAUGUUUAACCUCUCCUCACCUGUGCUAGGAUAUUUCUUACUGAAAUAUGGCCUUUUCCUGACUACAUGACGAUGGUGCUUACUUUGGCUUUGACAUCAAGCUCAUCCCAUUCAUCUCACACCUCGCGUCCUCACACACCAUUACUUUCUGUUAUGUACUCUCACUACCUUAUUAAAUUUCCGUUGAUGGCAAAUAAAAAGGUGUGCUGUUUUGUACAUUUGCUGUUUGUUUUAAUGUUUUUUGGGAGCCUUGUUGUCUGAAAAAUGACUAAUCGCGCAAUAAAAUGUCAUUCCACGUG